UCGGGUCAGUACAUCAUGCAAUGUGGCGCGCUCCGUAUCGCAUCGCACUAUUCUGAGCAAGGGGCCUCGUACCGUUCGGGGAAGAGGACUCGGUCAUAGCCUUGGGUCGCCCGCUCAUCCGGUGCGCGAACGCGUCACGUCGAGUGAGCAUUCAAUAGCACGAAAGUGCCUCGGGCUCACCGCGCACAAAGGCCUUCGUGGACCCGCUGAACAGGAUCAAGCCAUUCGAACGUGGCCACCAUGGGGUUGUCCCAGGGGAGCUCCGCGACCGUGACGUCGUCCACCAUAUUCCGGACGGCAUACUGCCCGACUUCUGCCGGUUCCUGGCUUCAAAUAGCAGUAGGUUGACGUCAAAGUCAUCGUGCGACUGUCCUGUCCGCUGAAAGGUGUUGGCCCUGAGCGAGUACCUGUCCGCGACGUGAUCCCACGUCUCCGCACUACACAAGCCGCGCGAAGAGCUUGGUUUGCGGCCCGUGGUCCACGGAGAGACCAGUUCCCGUGGAGUAUGAAAGCAUAGUUCGUCCUCGUGAGAGCGGACGAGCUACUGGUCGCCGCGGUGCUUUGCACUCCCUAUCUCCUACUAUCACUGGGCGCGCAGUUUGCUCGUGGCUGCAAAAUGCGCGACCGGGAAGUAGGUGCGUGUGAGCUGCGCAACCGUCAAAUUCCCAAUGGCCGCCUUGUUCGUGUCUUGCUCCUUACACAUAUCGGGUCAAGAUCGCAUGCACAACAGGUUUUCUGGCGGCCGCCGAAGGAAGGGCUCGGCCAGCAUUCGGUCGGAGGGCGUGCCUCGCGCGCAAGCUCGGCCAUCCUUGGCAAUCCUGAGCGCUCUCUGACAAUGCUCCAAAGACCAAACAUUAAUAUGAGCAUUUCAACUUUAUCUGCCCACCAACUGCCUUUAUGGUUCACCUCCCAAACACCGGAUAUAUAAUAGUGUGCCCUCGUAUUCUCCUGGGUCUGACCACAUUACUAUCCAGCCCCUUAGUAUGUUCACUCUGCUCCCCGACGCCCUCUCCCCGUUUUGCGCCGCCCUUCUGGGACUCCUUGCGGUCCUUUUAGUAGGCCGAUACUGCUUGCCAUCGAAUCGUCAUCCGCCGCUUCCCCCUGGCCCAAAGACAACGUGGUUCGACACCGCUCGUCUACCGAAGGAAUACCAAUGGCUGACCUACGCGGGCUGGAAAGAAAUUUACGGUGAUGUCAUCUACAUCCGCGUUUUGGGCAACCCAAUGAUUAUCCUCAAUGCUGCCGAAGCUGUUAACGACCUCUUCGACAAACGAAGCACAAAUUAUUCGUCACGACCAGUCCGCACGAUGGUCAAUGAGCUCAUGGGCUUUAGUUGGCUUUUCUCAUCCAUGCCGUACACUCCUUGGUGGCGCAAGCAUCGCGCUGUCUUUCAGCAACAUUACAAAGCAAGCAACUUGCCGUCAUUUAAACCCGUCAUUCUGCGUGAGACAUACAUGCUCCUUUACAAUCUGGCCGAGGGCCAGGACGAUCUGUUCCAUCAUGUGCGAAGGAGCGCCGCGGCAAUUGUUAUGAUGCUUUCCUAUGGCCAUCAGAUAGCUCCAGAAGGCGACAUCUAUGUUACCAUUGCCGACAAGGCUCUGUCUGGUCUGGGUCAAGCGGGCAUCUUCGGCACAUAUCUCGUCGACUAUCUCACUUUUCUAAAGUAUAUCCCUGCGUGGUUCCCUGGAGCGUCAUUCAAGAGGCAAGCUCUUGAGUGGCGACACAUGAAUCAGCUGAUGCUUAAUGCUCCGUUUGAGAUGGUGAAACAAAAGAUGGCGGCGGGUAAAGCAGUACCAUGUUUUCUUACGGACCAACUGGAUCGUAUCUUCAUGUCUGAUGCCGAUACUUCCAAAGAAGAGCAGCUAAUCAAGAAUGUUGCGGCCACCGUCUACGCCGCCGGUGCAGACACAACCGUGUCAGCAAUUCUUUCGUUCUUUCUUGCCAUGCAAAUGCACCCCGAAGUGCAAGUUUUGGCACAGAAACAAAUCGACCAAGUGGUCGGGUCGGACAGGCUGCCAAGUUUCGACGAUAGGGAUGAUCUUCCGUAUGUUGACUGCAUCGUAUGGGAGUGCUUGCGGUGGAAUCCUGUAACACCUCUCGGCCUUGCCCGCCAAGUUGCAGCGGAUGACGUUUACCGUGGGUUUCAUAUCCCCAAGGGCACCACGAUACUGCCUAAUGUGUGGGCAAUACUACACGAUGAGAAUAUGUAUCCGGACCCGUACCGGUUCAAUCCCGACCGGUUCAGCAAUAAGGCACAGAACGCGACGUUGGGCAUCAAUGAACUGCCCAACGCAGCGUUUGGAUUUGGCAGACGCACGUGCCCCGGUCGGGCGCUAGCCUUCGAGACGAUAUGGAUCACGGUCGCUGCCACACUGGCCGUGUACAACAUCUUGAAGCCGAAGGACGAACACGGCAAUACGAUCGAACCGGACGCUGAAUAUACCUCGACAUCACUCAGCCGUCCAAAACCGUUUAAAUGUUGCAUCAUGCCUCGUUCGAAGGAGGCACUUUCUCUAGUAAAGCAAACACUGGAUGGGACGGUCUAAAUAGACGUUGAUGCGGUCAUUACACUACAACCUGUCACAAUUUGAGUUAGCAAAGACUUCAUGUCUGGCGUGGUCGUAAAUGCGAGGGUCUCUCCUUCUAUUGCCCCAUGAAAGGGGCGACUGCAUAUACAGGGAUUGAACGGUUGAACGGUCACUGGGAAUAACUGUCCUGAAUGCGUCGGUCUCCGGUGUUCCGAAAAGCUCUCCGUCUCUGCCACGGUGACUACCAGACGCCAAUUACGUCUGCAGCCCCUCCGGCGGCAGUAACUCUCGUUACACCCGCCCGGACUUUCUUGAGCCAUGCCUCAUCGGCUGGUGUGUUGCCCGUCGCCGAGGGUUCUACUGGCGUCCCGAAAUCUUCCAGCUCGAUGAAAUAGGUGUCCUCGAAUGGAGAUGAGGUAAUAGACGGCCUGCGGUCUAUCCGAAUGACCGGAACGCCAAAUGUCGUCAACAAUGUUCCCAUAAUGAGAUGCACAGUGCGGUUGUGCGCCGGUUUGAGAUGCGCCGGUUGGUCGUCCUCCGUGUCCUCUGUCGUUGGUUGUUCUGUUUGCUGGGUCGGCGGCAGGGUAAGUCGAACAAGCGCUCGACGCAGCUGAGGAACUCUGUGAACGACCGGCGGUUUCGCUUCAAUGGUGUUUGCGAGCACAUAGAAGCGGGUGUAAUUGACUGCACUGUCGGUCAGAGC